GAUGGUGUAUCUUAAACCAUUCGUUCUGUCGCUGGCCCUGUUAUACUUCCUGGUUGGAGCUCUAGCCGUCACUUGCGAUGUGGCACCGACGGAUCCCACGUGCGUUAAUUGCUAUUCAACUCCCACGCAUCCUGAGUGCUUCGUCAGGUUUUUGACGCCUACAACAGCUGCUCCGCUUUCCGUGACCACCACUCGCAGAUCCCGAAUCAGAAGGAUUCGUAGCUAUUUUGGAAACAUCUUUAGGCGUUUCAACAAAAAUUGGUUUUAAAUAAAAGCUUCA